ACAAACGUCAUCACGGCGCGCGCGUGUGGCGAGAAGGACCUCUAGCUAACGAGCGAUGCACGUGAGGGUGCCGUUUGGAAGCUUAUUAUCUUUCUUUCUGACUCAGUGUGACGUUCAUCGUCGCGGAGUUUAUUUUGUUUCUGCCUGCGAGAAAGCGAAUAGGUUUCUGGGUUUUCUUAAUUCCCCACAGUGUAGAAAGAGCAGCUGGGCUAUGGAGCGGGCGGGUAUUGAGUCGGGAACACCGGGAAAUGUAAACACGCCGGUGCCCUUGGAGCAAACUACGGCGGUAGAGGCGUCAGAAACUGGCAAACGCAAAAACGACGACACGGACGACAAAGAGACAAGCGGCAGAGGUAAGAGACGGAGAGGAGCCGGUGGGAAGAAGCUCCGUCCGGGGGAGAGAUAUAUCCCCCCACCGCAGAAACGCAACCCAGGUGUGAGCUUUAGCCAAGAGCAUUUCAACGAGACGUCAUACUACUUCGAGGCUGGGCUUCGUAAAGUCUAUCCGUAUUACUUUGACUUUAAGACCUACUGCAAAGGUCGGUGGAUUGGAAAGAGCCUUUUGGAUGUGUUUAAGAAUGAGUUCAGAGCUGAGUCCAUUGAGUAUUAUCAGAAGGCCGCUAAAGAGGGUCGCAUCCGCCUCAACGAGACACCUGUGGAGGAUCUAUCUGUGGUGCUCAGGAAUAAUGAUCACUUGAGGAACACUGUACACCGCCACGAGCCCCCUGUAGUUGGCAGACCACUGGAGAUUCUGGUAGAUGAUGGCGAAGUGCUUGUGGUCGAUAAGCCUGCCUCCAUCCCUGUGCACCCUUGUGGCCGAUUCCGCCACAACACGGUGAUUUUCAUUCUGGGGAAGGAGUUUGGCAUCUCUGAGCUGCAUACAGUCCACAGGCUGGACAGGCUCACCUCUGGAGUCUUGCUGUUUGCCAGGACGCUUGAGACCUCUAAGAAACUGGACCAGAUGGUGAGAGACAGACAGCUUGAAAAGGAGUAUGUCUGCCGAGUGGAGGGGGAGUUUCCACAGGAUGAGGUGAUCUGUGAAGAACCCAUCCUGGUUGUUUCUUUCAAAAUCGGCCUCUGUCGUGUUGACCCAAAAGGAAAGGAGUGCCGGACCGUCUUCCAGAGGCUUAGCUUUAACGGAAAAACAAGUAUGGUCCGCUGUUUACCCCUUACUGGUCGGACACACCAGAUCAGGGUCCACCUUCAGUACCUGGGUUUUCCCAUCCUUAAUGAUCCCGUCUAUGGGUCAUCAGCCUGGGGUCCUCACAGAGGGAAGGGGGGACUUGUGGGGAAGAGUGAUGAAGAGCUUCUGCAGGCGCUGGUAGAAGAACAUCGCUCUCAGGAAAAUUUUAACAUGCUGGAUAUUGCAGAUGACUGCAUUGGCAUUGCACACAAGGCAGACAAAAAUAAAGCCUCAGAGAAAAUGGACAAAUCAGCUGGAACCGCUGAAUCUGAAAAAAGCGGAGAAAGUUGUCCAGUACAGGUAGAUGCUUGUGGCAGUGACAAGAAGUUAGAUUGCAUCGAGGCAGUAAAUGACAACAACACCGUUAAAGACUGUCAGAACCCUCAACCAGUCAAAUCACAUGGAAAUGAAACUGGGGAAAAUGAUUCUAGUCAGAAAACUCCCCCAGACCACCUAUGUAGUGAAUGUAAACUAGUGCGGCCAGACCCCACAGAGAAGGAACUCAUCAUGUAUCUUCACGCUUUACGCUACAAAGGACCUGACUUCGAAUAUUCCACACAAUUACCUGACUGGGCAAAAGAGGACUGGGUGGAGGCAGAUUAGAACAGACCAGAUGAACGCUGCUGACGGCUUUGACAUUUAAUCUUCAGACAAUCAUUAAUCCUCAAGGAGAUUUUGGUUUUUAAUUUUUUUGAUUUAGAACCAAAAACAAAAAUGUUUUGCUGCUUUGAAAGCAAAUACGAGUUAAGAUUGGAGUGGUUCUCAUUUCACCUUGAGGUCUAUUUUAAUUUAACAUUAUCCACAAAGUCUGUAAUCUGUCUUGUACCACAGCGAACAUUUGAAAUAAAUCGAAAGCCAGUCUGCAGGAAAAUAAAA